CUGGAAUUUCAGCCCUCUAGCUAGGAUAGUUGGCAUUGCAGCAGGAUAGCCCAUGCAAGCGGGUGGCACUGAAAUUAAAGUGUACGGGGUUGCGAAGAGAUUCUGUGAGUUAGGAAAGACGCAAUGGCGUCUCAGCUCGUGAGGAAUGCGGCUUUGCAGCCGAAGUGCCUCACUCAGUGUGCCAGGAAUGUCACGUCUGAAGCCUCGAAACUGCUGGCUCCGCCCCAAUGCUGCAGCCGCCUGCUGUCAUCCUCAAAAUUGCACAAGAGGAACUCGUCUUUUCUUGGGGAGAGGUCGGCGCUCGUGCAGAAUGUCUCAAGAACGUUGUUGCGGAGAGCACCGGUGGAUCAGAGGAUAUCUGCCAGAGCCAGCCACGGUGUCAGUCAGAAAGGACAGGCAAACGAGCUGGUCGUGAGAGAAGUGCAACAACCACAAUCCAGGGUACUAUUGAAUGUCACAGUCCCACAGAAGUCGUGUCAGGAUGCAUACGAGCUGGUCCUCAGGGAGUUUAAGAAGAAGGUGAAGAUUAAUGGCUACCGACCAACCGACAAGAUCCCAGUGCCGCUGCUUGUGAACCACAUAGGUGAAACGCAGGUAAAAGCCUCCACUGUUGAGGCGCUGUUGAAAACCACCAUCCCAAAGGCGUUGCAGUCUGUGGCCAACCGAGCGUUGAAGGAGUCUGAGCACAUCACCACCAAGUUCGAUGACAUGGUGGCGGCAUUCGACCCAAAGAAAGAGCUUGUUUACGAUGUUGUGGUAGACGUUGCACCGGACCUGGUUUGGAAGACCCCGCGUGCGUAUGCGGGACUGGAGGUGACGGUGGAGAUCGAUGAUGAGGAUACCAUUGCGCACGAUGCUGACGCGAAUUUCCGGGCUCGCCACAAAGACCUUGGGUCGCUCAAGAUCAAGCAGGGGGGAGGGAUCGAUCAGGGCAACGUCGCACUGAUUGAUGUUGCGGCAAAGAGGCUGGAUGCGGAUGGGAACGUGGGGGAAGAGAUCCUAUCAGCAACGCAGAAAGGUUUCCAGCUGGACACGGAGGAGGGCGCUUUUUUGCUGCCCGGCUUCGUGGAGGCGGUGCUGGGCCUGGAGGCCGGGCAGGCCAAGGCCUUCGACCUCGUCUUCCCGGACACCUGGCAGCAAGAGUCGCUGCGGGGCGUCAAGGCGCGCUUCUCGGUAGACGUGAAGGAGAUCUUCAACCGGGACCUACCGCCGCUCACGGAUGAAACAGCGGACCAGCUGUACCCGGGGGCCAAGACCCUCGCCGAGGCCCGGGAAGGCUUUUUGGCAGCGGCCCAGGAAGCGGCGCGGCUCAAGAAGAAGUUCAAGACGCAGCAGGCCGUCACCGACGCGCUCGGCCAGGUGGUGUAUGCGGACGUGCCGAACUCGCUGCUGGAAGAGCAGGGCCGUCAGAUCUACGCCAGCAAGCUGCUCGAGCUGCAGGCGAAGGGGCAGCUGGACCGGAACAGCAUCGCGCAGUUGUCUAGUCAAGAGAUGGUCAACAACUAUCUGCUGAAUCAGAAGGACCAAAUCAUGGACAUCUGCAGGAAAACGCUAGCAGUUGCGGAAGUUUUUAAGCUAGAAAAUCUAACCUACAGCAAGGAGGAGUUGGAUAGGGAGGUCGAGAGCGCAAGGCAAGAGUUUGCGGGUGUUGAACAAGAGUUCGACAUGGAGCGAGUCAAAGAACAAGCACAAGAGAUUCUCGAGGGAAACAAGGUGUUGGAGUGGCUGGUUGAUAACGCAAAGGUAACGUAUGUCACGAGUAAAAGGUGAUCGGAAAACAAGAAACUUAGGGUGCGACCGCGAUUGGUGUACAAUAGAGAUCUUACAGAGACAAUAUGGAAAUAAGGUUACACAACUUGUCGGAUUCAGCUAUCGGAUACAUUGAUGAUGCUCUUCAACUGGGUUGAUGGCAAAUUUUCUACUUGCCUUCAUUUACUGGUCAAAGCUACGUCGAUCGUUGAGCUGUGGGAUGGAGAUCAUGCUUACAGCUGAUGCACCCCGUCUCUAGUUGGC